ACUUGAAAGCGGACUUUUAAUUAAAAAAAAAUUUUCAGAAAAAAACUACCUCGUUACUAGCAUAACUUUCUGCAAAUGUUGAAAAGCGUUUGGAACAUCGUGAGACUCUUUGCUCUGCUAUUAUGUGCUUGUAGUGUGGUUGCACAAAGCAGUGGCAAUAAAACUUCAACGAGAGCCACUCUUGACCUUAACUGCCAAACUACACCAGACACAUGCAGGGAUGUGGUCAGUUCUCUACCCAGACCAGUGGUCAUCCUAUCAAGUGGACUUGAGGUGAUGUGUGACACACAGACAGAAGGGGGAGGAUGGAUGAUGAUACAGAGAAGAUUCAACGGACAAACAGAUUUCUAUCGGGGGUGGGAGGAGUACAAGUAUGGGUUUGGAGAUGUGGAUGUCGGAGAAUUUUGGCUGGGCAACGAGAACAUUCACCGUCUGACCUCACAAAGACGAUACGAGCUGAGGGUCGAUUUUAAAUUUAACAACACGGACUACUUCGCUAAAUAUUCCAGGUUUAGCGUGUAUGGAGAAUUGGAAGGUUAUAGGCUAAAGGUCAGCGGUUAUUCUGGCAACGCUGGGGAUGCCCUCAUUUUUGUACACAACAACAUGAAGUUCAGCACGUUCGACAAGGACAAUGAUCCAGACCGCGGAAACUGCGCUGAAACCUACCACGGCGCCUGGUGGUACAAUGGAUGUCACGUCUCAAACCUGAACGGACAAUGGGGAAGUUCUGAAUUCGGUGUGGGCCUUAACUGGCACCCAACGACAUUCUGGAGAGCGUCUGCUACUUUCACUGAAAUGAAGAUACGACCAGUUAAAUAA